UCCGCGAGGAUAAGUGCCCCGGCCCGAAGUGCUGCUUCCGGGGCAGCGGAGGCCAAUGCGCGCCGCCGGACGCGCGUGCGCGCACUCCCGCUAGGAGCGGGCCCCUCCCGGCCAUGAAGCCCCCGCGGCUGCCGUUCCCACGGAGGGUGCUGGCUCGGGUGGUCGCCGGGCGCGCGGACGGGGCAGCCCCGGCGCCGGACGAGCAGCAGCGGGAGCUGGAGAGGAGGCUGUGGUGCCGCGCCAGGCAGACCCGCGAGCGCAGGAUGCGGAAGCUGAUGGGGCCGCCGGAGCCCCCCGAGCGUGCCCUGACCCACCGCGCGAUGGAGCAGAUCCGGUAUCUCCGGCGCGCCUUCCCCGAGGAGUGGCCGCUGGCCCGCCUGGCACAAGGGUUCCAAGUGCCGCCGGAGGUGAUCCGCAGGGUGCUGAGGAGUCGUUUCUGCCCGUCCCCCGAGCGCGGAAGGAAGCAGGACGCCCGCGCCCCCCGGGGAGCUCUCGGUCAGGGCGGCCCCCCUUCGCCCCUCGUGGCCGCAGCCGCGCGCCUGCCUGCAGAGCCGGGGAAGGGGGCUGAGCUCUUCCGCGCCCCCUCGGGUCGACCCGGCCGGCCUUUCCUGGGUUUCUGGCGAAGUAGCCGAUUAGGCUUCAGCUCAGCCCUCCCAAGUCCAUCGUGGGUAGAUGUCAGGAGGCAACCUGUGAACAGCCCGGGAAAAAUGCAGGGAAGUGUGCUGAGCAGACAGACCCUUCAAAAAUAACUGAGAAGUGCACCGGAAGGGUGGACAAGUUGGGCUUUUCUUUCUUGGGGCUGCUUAAGAGGAAUUUCGUGACUUAAUUUGCAGGCUGGACAGCCACUGGUUGCAUGGCUGAACUGUGCUGGGCCACUGGAUGGCUCUUGUUGAUGCUGGAUGUGGUGAUGGUCAGCGUGUGGGAGGGGCUGUGUCUUCCCACUCCUCUUGUCCAAAAAUUGAUACUGAUACCUCCUGAGCAAGAUGAUGUUGCCACUGGAGGUGGGUGGGGGGCAAAGAGCUUCAUAAAUUUAUCAAUGGUUUGGAAGUAGCAUCAGAAGUUAUUAAUGGAUUAUUGAUGAUUGUGGGGAGAUGGGUAGAAGAGGUUGCAGCACCUCCCUGCUCCUGGCCUCUUACUGUUCCCUGAGGCAGUUUAGACCACAUAGGAAUACUUAAAAUGGCUUACAAAAACU